AUGACUACAUUAGACACAGUAUCUUUACUAUCUUCAGAAGAUGACCAUCAAAAUCUAGAUCAAAAUCUAGAGUUAAGUGAAGACGAACGACACCUAAGUAAAGAUGAUUGUGAUGAGACGAAGAAGACUUUGCAGUUACCCUUGUGUAAUCGUAGCAUUUCGAAAAAUCUCGCCGGCACAAUAAUCACCAUCAUUACAGUAUUUGGACAAUCUGGUAUGGCUAUUGCUUUACCAACAUUUUCAGUAGCUGUUAAUACAGCUCAUUGCCAUAGUAAUCAGUACUUUGUCUUGAUUUAUCCUGCAAUGUGGUUUCCUAUAAUAUUUUCCUUGAUUGCCUUCGCUUCAAAAGCGAUCAAUCCUAAGUUUUCUCUCAAAUCAUAUACAGCAAUCAAAGCCUACAUUAUUUUGGGCCUUUUAUGUGCUGUUAACUGCUUGUUAGUUACAUUUGCUAGUCUACCAGAUAGAACACCUCCUAAUCUGCAAGGAAUUCUUGGCAUAACUAUUAUUCCAUUUACUGUCAUUUUGCGAUAUGCUAUCCUUCGUAAGAAAGUUGGAGUGGGACGUUUGCUAUGUACACUAGGCACUUUAGUUGGCCUAUUCAUAACUUUAGUACCGAAUAUUUUCAACAUAGAGAAAAAUAAACAUCAUGGAUCAAAAUCUGUCAUUUGGCCAUUAAUUUUUAUAUUAGGAAUCUUACCUGCUGCCAUAGCUAAUGUACUGCAAGAAAAAGAAAUGAAACGUGACUAUAGGGAGGAAAGUUUAGUAUUUCAAGCAUGGGUUGCCUGGUAUAAUGUAUUCUUCUUGGGUUUACUAUUUUGGACAGGCUUUAUUCCUCAUUUCGGGCAGGCAUCUAACAUACAACAAUUUCAACACCAAAUGGAUUGCGGAUUUCUGUCACAAUUUGGCGGUGGUAAAGGAAAAGUACCGUCUUAUCCUUGGGCACUUGGCGCUGCUUGGCUAUUUAUUUCUUUCUAUUGCAUUGCUAAUCAGGCUGCGCUACUUUUACUACGCUAUUCAGACGGCGCCAUUUAUCUAGUUAUCGUUCAAGCUAUAAUACCUCCAAUAGUCGCCAUAUUUUGGACUUUAUUCACACUUAAAGGUGGCUUUCAUUGGCAUCCAAGAUUUACAGAUUCGAGCGCAUUUGUCUUCGCUGGUAUUAUCGUUAUUUUGCCGUGCAUUAUUAUUUAUAAUUAUUUGACAUUAAAAGAAGAGAAAGCAGAGAGCAAUAAAAUCUAA